AUGGCUCUCUCCGACAAGACCCGCGUGCGCAUCACGUACAAGAACAGCCACUACCUCGUCCCUGUGGAGUUCAUCCUGCGCGUGCACCCGGGCGGGUCGAAGCUCAUCCUGCCUUACGUGAACCAGGACAUUACUCGCGCCUUUGUGGAGGCGGGGCACUCCAACGAGGCAGUCCAGCUGCUCGAGCAGUGGAUGGAGGGCGUGGUGGCCGCGGACGGUGCCGGCGCCGCAAGGGGAGGAAGUGACGUCGCGGACGGCGACGGUGGGCUCAUGUCGGCGCGGUGGCGCGCUCCGUUUGCAGCCUGGACGGAGUCAGAAGUCGUCCACGCCCCGUCCAGUGCGCUGUGGGACGCGCUUGUGUACGGCAUUGCGGGGGCGACGACUAUGGCUGCUGUCCUGUGUCGCCAAUUAAAAACCGCUCAAGGUUAUUAA